AUGAUGCUGUGCCUUGUCGUCGGACGUUGUCCAAGGUCCCGUACCGGCCGUACGUCUAAGCUUUUUUUCCCGAUACUUACUCCACUUCUGAAGCUGUUAAAAAUACAAUUCCUUAAAAAAGAAGAUCAAGACUUCUUUGUCAACCUCACUACGAAGACUCUGGCGCUUAGACGAAAUUCUAAAGAGGUACGACCAGACUUUCUCCAGUUGAUGAUGGACGCUCACAAGGAAAUGCAUGACAAAUCUGGCGAAGUUCACAAAGGUUUGACGGAUAAGCAGAUCCUCGCACAAUCCCUGGUCUUCUUCCUGGCCGGUUACGAGACGACGGCAACGCUGCUGUCAAUGUGGUCCUACUGCCUCGCUACCAACCCAGAGUGGCAGACGAAACUGCAGCAGGAAGUGGAUGACGUGAUAGGCGGGACCGAAAUCACUCACGCCAAGAUUAAAGAGUUGCCGCUCCUGGACAUGUUCAUGAGUGAGGUCUUGCGCGUUUACCCAGCUAUUACGAGGUUUAACCGAGAGGUUGGGAAGGAAUAUAAGCUUACUGAUCAAUUAACUCUUCCCAAGGGAACGGAUGUUGCCAUUCCAGUCUACUAUAUGCAUCAUAACGAAGAGUACUGGCCAGAUCACAACAAAUUUGACCCAGAAAGGUUCACCGCAGAAGAGAAGCAGAAACGUAACCCCUACACGUACGUACCGUUUGGACUCGGGCCACGCAACUGCAUUGGGAUGAGGUUCGCCAAAUACGAGGCUAAGGUCGCCAUAGUGAGCGCCCUUCAAGACGUCACAUUCAUUGUCUCUGACAAGACCCAGGUACCGAUGGACAUGACGAAAAUGAAACCCGGAGGUUUCCUGUACCCGAAAGAUGGGAUCAUGCUUGAGGUCCGAAGACGUUGAUACGAGCAGUGUUAUAGCGAGAGGGGAGUUAUAUCGUGAAACCGCUAGUAGAGCACGCGCAUGAAAAUUGCAACACCACGUAAACGUAUUAGUAACGAGUUAUUAGUACCGUUAUAGUAACGAGUCAUUUAUUCGUUCAUGCUUAAUUAGCCUCACCCGUUAUUGUUAGACCUUUUAUAGAUUUAAAAAAGAAUGAAUCUAGAAUAAUUCUGAUGUUAAUUCACUAGGACCAAAAUAUGUUGAAAAAUUUAAUAUUUUUUAAGGAAAAUGUUUCUAUACUAAUGAUUGCAAUGCGACCAACGUAGAAUGCAAUGAAAGAAUAAAGCAAACAGUCCACAUGAUGUAUGACUGAA